CUCUUGAUCGAGAGUAGAGCAGUGCGAUAGAGAGGAGCUGCGCGUGCGGUCGCUCUUCAGCUUUCAACAAUCUGACCUGAUGAAAAUGUUCAAUUAAAACCACGACCUGCUCUUUCAACUAUGUGACAGUCGGCUGUUUCCACUGUACAACACGUCUAGACCGCUAAGGGAAUCAGUCGAGGAACAUUUUCAAGCCUCUAAGAGCCCAGCUGAUUCAGAGACUCCGGGUUCGUGCGUCCUGCUGCCUGCACAGUGCAUGACCGACCCCUCCGUAGAUUCAAAUGGCUUGCUGUUUGAAGGACGAGCUCUUGUGUUCCAUUUGUCUGAGCAUUUAUCAAGACCCUGUCAGUUUCGGCUGCGAGCACUACUUCUGCCGUAAGUGCAUCACUGAGCACUGGAGCAGACAGGAGCACCACGGGACGCGAGACUGCCCGGAGUGCAGGAGGACCUUCACGGAUCCCCUUCUGUCCCCGAGCCUAAAGCUCUCCAACAUCGUGGAGAGGUAUGCCGCUUUCCCUCUGGACGCCAUUCUGAAUGCCCAGAGGAACUCGUACCCAUGCAAGGACCAUGAAAAGGUCAAGCUCUUCUGCUUAAGUGACAAGAGCUUGGUGUGCUUCUUCUGUGAUGAGCCUGCCUUACACGAACAGCACCAAGUCACCACCGUCGACGAGGCUUAUGAGGAAAUACAGAGGGAGAUGAAGGAGCAGCUGACGACUCUACAGGACAGUGAGAAGGGUCAUACGGAGGCUUUGCAGCUACUGCAGAGACAGCUCACCGAAACCAAGUCAUCAGCGAAGAGCCUUCGUGCUACAAUCGGCGAAGCAUUCGAGCGACUUCACCGCUUCCUGCGAGAACGACAGAAGAGCAUGCUGGAGGAGCUGGAGGCGGAUACGGCGCGCACGCUGUCUGAUAUCGAACACAAGAUCCAGCGCUACAGCCAGCAGCUCCGUGAUGUCAAGGAAGGGAUCCAGAUCCUUCAGGAGCGACUCAGUGAGACCAGCCGUCACGAGUUCUUGGAAGGGAUAGCCCUGACGUCAGACAGGGAGCAAGUGAUUCGUGGAGGGUAUUGCUGGUGGAAGCUACCAAGAAUAAAGGGAAAGAUCCACGAAACCAACCUCACCUAUGAAGACUUCCCAACAUCCAAAUACAUGGGGCCACUACAGUAUACAAUCUGGAAGUCUCUUUUUCUGGAUAUAUCGCCAGUGCCUGCUGCUUUAACCAUGGACCCCAUCACUGCUCACCAGCGGCUCAUAUUGUCAGACGAUUGCACCAUCGUUGCGUACGGGAACCUGCAUCCACAGCCCCUGCAGGAUUCACCGCGCCGCUUCGACGUUGAGGUGUCAGUGCUGGGAGCUGAGGGCUUCUCUGCGGGCGUCCACUACUGGGAGGUGAUGGUGUCCGAGAAAACCCAGUGGAUGAUCGGCGUGGCCAACGAGACGGUCAACCGCAAGGGCAGCAUUCAGAUCCAGCCCAGCAGAGGCUUCUACUGCAUCGUCAUGCACGACGGUAACCAAUACAGCGCUUGCACCGAGCCCUGGACGCGCCUCAACGUAAAGAGCAAACUCGAGAAAGUGGGCGUCUACUUGGACUACCCCAAAGGUUUGCUGGUCUUCUACAACGCUGACGACAUGUCCUGGCUCUACACCUACCGAGAAAAGUUUCUAGCUAAACUUUAUCCAUACUUCAGCCCCGGUCAAAGUCACGCCAAUGGAAAAAACGUGCAGCCCUUGCGGAUUAACACCGUGCGUUUAUAGGAGCCGAGUCAGCAGAGAAGUUGAAAAAGAAACUGAAAUCUAGGUUGUAUAAUAAAGUUUCUUUCAGCUUACCGUAGGGUGCUCGGUGGGUCACGACACGUUACUGAAUGAAGCGAUCUGACUGAUGGAUUGUGACGUAAGGCUCUGUAGACGCCUGGAGUUGGUAAAUAAAAUGUAGAGCCUAGCACUUUUCUGAGAGCUGCCUCUGGGCGUUUUGUACAUUUUAUUGUCGCCGGUCAUUUGUAAUCUUGCCGUGGCCUGCCUGCUUGCCCAAGAUUUCCAGCUGCUUGUACACAAAACCCCGACUUUCUGUCCCUUCAGCCCCUGCAGGCUCCAAAUGCUCCUUUCAUGGCUCAAUCCUGGGAAAAAGAGCUUAUCUGUUGUGCAGACAGAAAUAAAAAUGUGUUGUCUGUUUA